UAUAAGUGAAGUUUAUAUAAAUAUUUAUAUAAAUUUAUAUAUAGGAUAUAAAACAUAUUCUAUAUAAAUUGUAAACAGUUAGUAACAGUAUUUCAGAAACUGCCUUUCUUUUUAAUCAAUAUAAAGUGUAUAUUAUAAUACAUGUACCAUUGAUAUAUAUUAAUUAUAUAUUCUAUAAUAAUAUUAUGAUUUAAAAAAAAACGCAAAAAUGAGACAACAAAUAACUGAUACAAAAAUUAAUUCUCACAUAUCUGGAGAAGCUGAUGAAUGUCUUUUCGAAUAUUUACAUGCUGAAAUGGUUAAUUAUGCUUUAAAUAAAUCGUGUAAAAAUAAGGAAGGAGAAGAAGAACUGUCUCGAUUAGAAUGGAUGGGAUUCAGUGUUGGUUACAGAAUCAUUGAACGAUUGACACGAGAAUGGAAUCGAUUUAAAGAUGAAUUGGAUAUGAUAAAGUUUAUCUGUACUGAUUUUUGGUCAAGUCUUUAUCAUAAACAAAUUGAUAAUUUAAGGACAAAUCAUCAUGGUGUAUAUGUAUUACAAGAUAAUUCAUUUCGAUUAUUAAAUAAAGUAGGUACUAAUAGUAAUAAACAAUAUUUACAAGAAAGUCCACGUUUAUUAGCAUUUACUUGUGGACUUUUAAGAGGAAGUUUGGCAAAUCUUGGAAUUAUUAGUACUGUUAAUGCAGAGAUUUCUACAUUACCAAGUUGUAAAUUUCAUGUACAAGUUCAAAGAAUUUAAUGUUAAUAAAUAUGAUACAAAAUA